AUGAGGCCUGGGAGCCAGCAGAUCCUUGUGAGCCUUCUGCUCCUGCUCCCUGCAGGUAUGCAGCUCCGACAGGCAGCCCUCACCUGCCUUGGAGUUUCUGCUCUUCCGGUCCUCCCCAGCUUCCCUGCCACUCUCUCCUUAGCCUGCUCCUCAGUACCUGUGCGGGAGCCAACUCUACCUGGGCAGUUGAGGGAUGCUAAGGAGGCUGAAAGGAGAUUGGGAGCCACGGAAGGGUUUGAAGUCGCCGAGGAGCUUGGUCAGAUCUGCAUGUUUACACGCUUGGUCCGUGGAAAAAAUUUGCAUCACAAAAGCCCAGAGAAGAGUGUGUUCUCAGAGCAGGGAAUGUUCCUAGUGUCAGAAGCUUUGAAGAAACUCACAGAUGCAGGUGCAGAUGUGGGAGCAUGUUUGAAACAGGAGGGGCAGGGCAUCAGGUUGCUGAAUGCCUGGAUAGACAUUCUUCUUACUGAUCCCCCAGCAUGCUUGGCAGCCGAGGGCAGGCUGGCUCACAAACUGUUCCACGACCUCUUUGCCAACUACACAAGUGCCCUGAGACCUGUGGCAGACACAGACCAGACCCUGAAUGUGACCCUGGAGGUGACACUGUCCCAGAUCAUCGACAUGGACGAGCGGAACCAGGUGCUGACACUGUACCUGUGGAUCCGGCAGGAGUGGACGGAUGCCUACCUACAAUGGGAUCCUGAGGCCUAUGGUGGUCUGGAUGCCAUCCGCAUCCCCAGCAGCCUCGUGUGGCGGCCAGACAUUGUCCUCUACAACAAGGCGGACGCGCAGCCACAGGCCUCGGCCAGCACUAACGUGGUGCUGCGACACGACGGCGCGGUGCGCUGGGACGCGCCAGCCAUCACCCGCAGCUCAUGUCGUGUAGACGUUUCAGCCUUCCCGUUCGACGCGCAGCACUGCGGCCUGACGUUCGGCUCCUGGACACACGGCGGGCACCAGCUGGACGUGAGGCCACGCGGCGCCGCUGCCAGCCUGGCUGACUUCGUGGAGAACGUGGAGUGGCGCGUGCUGGGCAUGCCUGCGCGGCGGCGCGUGCUCACCUACGGCUGCUGCUCCCCGACCUUACCCUGCUGCUCCGAGCCCUACCCCGACGUGACCUUCACGCUGCUGCUGCGCCGCCGCGCCGCCGCCUACGUGUGCAACCUGCUGCUGCCCUGCGUGCUCAUCUCACUGCUCGCACCUCUCGCCUUCCACCUGCCCGCAGACUCGGGCGAGAAAGUGUCGCUCGGCGUCACCGUGCUGCUGGCACUCACUGUCUUCCAGCUGCUCCUGGCCGAGAGUAUGCCGCCCGCAGAGAGCGUGCCGCUCAUCGGGAAGUACUACAUGGCCACGAUGACCAUGGUCACGUUCUCAACAGCACUCACCAUCCUUAUCAUGAACCUGCAUUACUGUGGUCCCAGUGCCCGCCCAGUGCCAGCCUGGGCACGGGCCCUCCUGCUGGGACAUCUGGCACGGGGCCUGUGUGUGCGGGAACGAGGGGAGCCCUGUGGGCAGUCCAGGCUCCCUGAGUCAGCUCCCAGCCCCCAGCCUCCUGAGGGAGGGGCUAGGCCCCCAGAAAGCCCUUGCCAUGAGCCCCGGUGUCUGUGCCACCAGGAAGCCCUCCUGCACCACGUAGCCACUAUCGCCAACACCUUCCGUAGUCACCGGGCUGCCCAGCGCCGCCAUGAAGACUGGAAGCGCUUGGCUCGCGUGAUGGACCGCUUCUUCUUGGGCAUUUUCUUCUCCAUGGCCUUGCUCAUGAGCCUCCUGGUGCUAGUACAGGCCCUGUGAGGACGCAGUGGACCCCAGAGCCCCAGCAGCCAUGGCACUGUGCAUGGAGAUGCCGGGCCAGGCAGUGGUUGGUCCUUAGAGAGGCCAGCUGGUCUCUCCCCAUCGCCCCAUCCCUGUCGUCCCUGAGAGCCUGGGACACCCUUUCUUCUGGACCAGUGCUAUGGCCCUCGCAAAGCACAUGGGAGCACUCACCUGUGCACCCUAACUAACGGGAGUUCGGAGCCUGCUGCUCCCCACUCCCAAAGAGGAACGCUAAGAAACAUUGAGAUCUGAAUGCUGCCUUGAAGGGAUAGAAUUCAGUGUCCACGCUGGCCGUCAGAGUUCUUGGUGAAGAGUGCAGGUUAUCAUCUAAGAGACGGAAUCACUGUUUCCUGUCUCCUGCUUCCUAGGCGGCUGCUGUCCUAGGAACCUGGUCUUCCCUGUCGCUGCCUAGGAGCUCAGGAAGGAGAAUGGGGACUCAUGGUCUAGUUUCUAGAGUGAGAGGCCUUACAGACAUUUGAUCUCGAAGCACCAAGUCACAAUAAAGUAAGCGUGUCCCCGGCACCUCCUCGAUGUCCUGUCUUACCUCUGGGCCUGUGGUGGGAGUUGGGGAUCUGUGAUUUUCUGCCUAGAGACGGGUCUUCAGGACUCACAGGUCAGCAGAAAUUGCAUCUCUGCGGACACAAACAUGACCAGGAUUUGACCGAGAGCCUGGAAGAGAGCCUAUAGCUCUUUCUGCCAUCUCUCCUGCUCUCAUUCCUCUUGAAUUAGCUAUUGUCCUGGGGAGUUGACAGGUGGCAUGGUGGUUAAAGGUGCUA